AUGCCCCUAGAUUUUCCAUCAGAGGGGUACAACCUCACCGAAGAUCCCGAAGUAUUGCCCGAAAACCUUUUACGCACCGAGUGUCUAAAGGUCUUCGUCGAAUUUCUACAAACCAGCGGGGCAGCGAAUGCCAAAAACCACGUUAUCCUCAAAAUCGACUUCAAGACUACCUGUGAGGGAUACCGAGGCACCCGGAUAUCCAUGGACGUUAAAUUCGACUUGGUAGCACGGGGUCUGAUGACUCGGAGCCGGGGCAUCAGCGUGCACCCCAAUCUUCCGCUCAGCUACAUUAUUGACACCCUCCUGCAUCACAGGUUGCAUGACUUCUACUUUACCAACAUUAAUGCGAGGUACUAUGGCUGCCGCGAUUUCAUUGCACAAGCUUUGACAGUACUGCGCUCGCAGACAUACAUAGACCCGUAUAUUGUUCGCUCCAUCCCAACCAACCCGGAAAUGCCUGUUGAUAGUGUCUUUGAUGCCCUGGGAAUGCGGUUCAGAGGCGGGGGUUUCUCCGCUUUCCCAAUUGAUAGAGGUUCUUUCGCUGAGUUUCAGCGUGUUGAAGAAGGACUGCCGUACGACGGCUCAUGGAGAGCAGCGGAAAUCGAAUCGUUGAUUUCUAGCCUGUAA